AAUCGCAAGUCAGUUGACAAAGAAGACAUGUUGGGCCGUUUGACUCAAGUUACCCGCGCUGUGAAGCCCGCCGCCGCCGGCCAAACCCGCGGCAUGGCCUCGCAUGGCCCUCCUCCUACCUACACCGGUUUGGAAGCCACAAUCCGCGCCAAGCUCCCCAACGACCACGACAUUGUGUUGGCCACCCUCGGUGCGUACGCCGUGCUCACCGCCCCCUUCUGGUUCCCCACCGGCAAGAAGGCCGUUGUGGAAGAACCCGCCGCCGCCUCGAACGCCUCCACUGAAGUUCCCUCGCUCUUCGACGACAACUUUGACGAAUGGUCCAAGAUUCCUGGCAACUUUGCCAAGUGGGAAAAGAGCUUGGACACCAUCGGCAACUAAGCCAUGUAACGUUGUACUGCCAGAAUAGACUUUGACGUCCUCGUUCUGCAUCCUCGCCUAUGACGACAUACACAGGAUUGAACGUCAUGUGGAUUACGUCCAUGCUUGCUUCC